UUGUCCUUCUGGCUAAAACUUUUUCCUUCGGACAGGCUUUUGAAGAGGGAGGUUUUGAAGAUCAAGUCGGGGGGUGUUGUGGUGUUUGAAUAUUUCUGAUGGAUGUUCCCUGUGAAUUUUUUAGUGCUGUUUGUGUCUAAUUCUGUUUUGAUGUUUGCAUAUUUCUAUAUUUUAAAUUGCAUACUAAUGCUUUUACGUCAAGCCGCUUUGAGUCCCCUUUGGGAAGACACAGCAGGGUAGAAAUGUAACAACAACAACAACAAACAGCUCUAUUCAGUUUUGAUGCUUCGUCACUGGACGGAGUAAUUCAAGCCCAACCUUCCCCUCAUCCAAACAGAUCUGGUCCUUUUCCCUCCCUCUCUCAGGCCGGUGAGUGAGAAGCCCAGAGCUGAGCGAGAGAUUCUCCUGACUGGACUGACCGGUCCCCUCUUUCAGGACGGAAAUGGCAGGCCUCUCGCGUCUUGACUUGAGGCCUCUCUUGUUCCAGCUGGACUUCUGCCUGGCGUCCAUUCCGUCCUGGUUCCCUCUGGAUUCCUUCUUCGUGGCCCUUUGUUUACCUUCCAUUUCUCCUUCCAUUUUUCCUUCUUGUUUGGCUCCCCCUUCUCAUCCUGCUUUCCCAGUUUCCAUUGUCCUUCUUUGGGGGCCACUAGAGAUCUCUUCAAAAUGGCCUUUAGUUGAUCCAGCUUAUCGUUGGCACUAGGGAUUAAUCCAUCCAGAAUUUCCAGUGGUUUCAUCACUUCUGUUCAUUCAGCCAACAUCUUCUUAUGUUGUUUUCCUUUCUCCAUUUUAGGAGGUUUCGACUGAAUGUUGGAUUUCUUCUUUAAGCGCUUUUAUCCAAUCGAUGUCGUAUUUUGGUAACCUCUGAAUGAACCUUGUGAAGAACACUUCCCUUUGUCUUAGGUCAGGAAUGAAAUUACACAGCACUCACAAGAAAUAAGUUGGAGAAAUUAUAUUUCGAGCUCCAUAGCUGUGUAUUCAAGGAGGAAAGGGAGGAUUGUGCUGUAAACAGUAGAGCAAUACAAAGACUGAGAAGAGGAAAUCAGGAGAACAUAUCUGUGACCUUCUGGCAUAAUAUUUGAAUCAUAAAUGUUAAAGAAUGAAAAAUCUCAAUUCCUUGUCAAAAUCACACACAGGGGAGAAGCGACAUAACUGUAUGGAAUGUGGGAAAUGUUUCACUGCGAGAAGUUCUCUUAUUAGACAUCAGCGAACACACACAGGAGAGAAGCCAUAUAAAUGUGUGGAAUGUGGAAAGAGCUUCAGUCAGAGUGGGACUCUGCACUCCCAUCAAAGGACCCACACAGGAGAGAAGCCACAUAAAUGCAUGGAAUGUGGAAAGAGCUUCAAUCACAGUGGACAUCUGCGUAUCCAUCAAAGAACCCACACAGGGGAGAAGCCACAUAAAUGCAUGGAAUGUGGAAAGAGCUUCAGUGAAAGUGGACAUCUGCGUAUCCAUCAAAGAACCCACACAGGGGAGAAGCCACAUAAAUGCAUGGAAUGUGGAAAGAGCUUCAGUCAGAGUGGAGAUCUGCAUAUCCAUCAAAGAACCCACACAGGGGAGAAACCACAUAAAUGCAUGGAAUGUGGAAAGAGCUUCAGUGAAAGUGGACAUCUGCGUAAGCAUCAUAGAAUCCACACAGGGGAGAAGCCACAUAAAUGCAUGGAAUGUGGAAAGAGCUUCAGUCGGAGUGGACAUCUGAGUAUCCAUCAAAGGAUCCACACAGGGGAGUAGCUACAUGUCGUAUAUACUUGAGUAUAAGCUGACCGAAUAUAAGACGAGGCACCUAAUUUAGCACAAAAGCUGGGAAAACUUAUUGACUUGAGUAUAAGCUGAGGGAGGGAAAUGCAGCAGCUCUUGGUCAAUUUCAAGAAUACAAAUAAAAAUAGAUACCAAUAAAAUUACAAUAAUUGAGGCAUCUAUAGGUUAAAAAUAUUUCUGAAUAUUUGCAUAAAACGGUAAUUUGAGAUAAGAGUGGCGAACUCUGAUUAAAUCAUUCUAACCUUCUUCAGUGUAAAUGUGCUUACGUAUCCUUCCAAUAAUAAUAAAUAGGGUAAAAUAUUAAAUGUAUUAUUAAUAAUAAAUAGGGUAAAAUAAUAAAUGUAAUAAUCUUUAUUUAUCGUGUCAUCUGCCACCAGAACAUUGUAUUACAUUAAUUCACUCCCCGGGGAGAUUAGAUCGGCGACUUCCCUCUUGUCA